AUGUAUACAUGUUUCAUAACAAUAAUGACAUUGUUUGUUGUGAUAUAUCAAUUGAUAAUCGGAUGUUCUGAAAAGAAAAAGAGUCCAAAAACUGCGGCACCAAUUGCUUCACCAGCUACAAAACCUUCGCCAUCAAUAUCGAAAGAUAAAGCUAAAAAAGAAAUUGAAGAAGAAUCACCUCCAACUCUUUUUGAUGAUUCAACUAAAAAAAAUGAACCUUAUAAGAUACCAUACGAUACACUUAUUCCUUGGCUGGCUUUCACAAUGAAAUAUGUAAGUUUUUCGAAAAUAAAUACCCAUAUUUGACUAUAGAAAGUUGAUUGCUCAUAUUAAAAAUUCUAGAUUCCAAAUUUUUAUUAGAUCUACAGUAGGAAUACAGGGUUAGUUGUGAUCUGAAAAUUUGAACUUUCUUGAGAAGAUCUAAAAACCUAGAUUGUUCAUGUUAAAAGUGAACAAGUUUUUUUUUUUGAAAAUCAUGUCCUGGAGUACCCCUGGACCCGCUCUAUUUUUGUUAAACCACAAUCUUAUUCAGGGAGUAGCUAACCAAUUGACACUUUAUGAAAACAAGCCGGAUUAUGUGAAAAGACGAAGAUGGUUCUUAGCAUUUGACAAAAAUCCAGAAUUGAAUCGAUAUAAAGAACCAAAAUGCUAUGAUUUCACAAGAAUCAGACUUUUUGGUGAUAACAAAAAACAAUAUAUCAAUGCAUCGCAUGUAAUGUCUGUUAGCAAAGGAAGACGCAGUCAAAUGAAUAUUCUGACACAAGGCCCUCUUUCGAAUACAAUUCCUCAUUUCUUGGAAAUGAUUUAUGACUUUAAUGUCGAAUUUAUUGUUAUGUUAUGCUCGUUCAUUGAGAAAGGAGUCGAACAAAGUGCACGGUAUUUUCCGGAAAAAGAAGGAGAUGUUGAAAAAUAUGGGGAAUUUGAAGUGAAAUAUUUGAAAAAGGAGGAAGAUCCAGUGAAAAAUGUGAUUUGGACGAAAUUAGAAAUCAAGGAUUUGGAAGGCAAUGCAAGAACUGUGAAUCAUAUUCAGGUGACUUGGUGGCCGGAUAAAACAGCGCCAGAAGAUCCAAAACCGACUAUCGAAUUGUAUAAAUGGUUAGAAAAAACACGUGAUUUAACACAUCCAAUGGUUGUUCAUUGUGAUAGUGGAGUUGGAAGAUCUGCGUGUUUUUUGGGCAUUGAUGUUUUGCUCAAAAACCGAUAUAUCUUUAAGGACUCAAACACCAGAAUCGAUCAGUCUCUUCGCAUGUGUCGAAAUGGUGCCAUUGAUUCACCACUUUUGCAAAUGUUUCUUCUCGCUUGUCUCAUUGAAUACUGCUAUCAAGAGAAAAAGUUUGGACCCGAGUUGGAAGCUUCGUAUAAGGGAUUUAUGGAGGAAUAUAAAAAUUACAGCAAGAAAAUGAACGAAACUACAAACUUGAAAACACAAUCAGAGCCUCCAAAGAAAAUUUGA